AUGGCCACCACGAGAUCCCCGCUCGUGGCAAGCCACUCACCCCGCAUCCUGGGUUCUCCAUGGCCGUUAGUUCUCUGCGCGAAGGUAGUCUUCGGGAUGAACGCUCUCAACGGCCGUGAGCCGGACGGCAAGUCUUAUAUGGGAGGGAACUGGGACAUGACAAAUGCAGCAUCGUUCAUCGAGUACACCGUCAGUAAGGGCUACGACAUCCAUGGUUGGGAGCUCGGAAAUGAGCUCGGAGGCAAGGCAGUCGGCACCUUGAUCGCGGCUGACCAAUAUGCUAAAGACGUGACCUUUCUGAAAUGGGUCGUCGAAGAUACUUACGAGGACAGCCCAUCGAAGCCGCUGCUGCUCGCUCCGGGAAGCUUCUUCGACAAAGACUGGUUCAGUGAGUUCAUCACCAAAACCAGUCCAGAUACCGUCAGUGUGGUCAGCCACCACAUCUACAAUCUGGGGGCAGGAGUAGAGACCGGCCUCGUCAAGAGGAUCCUCAACCCCUCUUACCUCGACGGGGUGGCGAGACAAUUCAGUGAUCUCCAGGAGUUGCUGAAAACCGCAGGGUCGUCGGUCGUCGCGUGGGUCGGCGAGGCUGGAGGGGCUUACAACAGUGGCCACCACCUUGUCACUGACGCGUUUGUGUUCAGCUUCUGGUACCUGGACCAACUUGGCAUGUCAGCGAAGUACAACACAAAGACUUACUGCAGGCAGAGCUUCAUUGGUGGCAACUAUGACCUGCUCAACACAACAACAUUCCAACCAAACCCUGACUACUACAGUGCGCUACUAUGGCAUCGCCUGAUGGGAACCAAAGUUCUAGAUGCCAAAUUCAGCGGCACCACCAACCUGAUCCGUGCCUACGCACAUUGUGCGAAGAACUCGUCAGGCAUCAGUUUGUUGUUGAUGAACCUGCACGGCAACGCCAGGAACGAUGUGUCCUUGACAAGUGAGGAGCUGCUUGUAGUUGACGCGUCUGGAGUCACGAGGGAGGAGUACCACCUCCUCCCUGAAGGUGGCGACAUUCACAGCCAGGUGAUGCUGCUCAACGGAAGGGCCUUGACCACCGAUGCGGACGGGAACAUCCCUAGGAUGGAGCCCAUCAUUGUGCAUGCAGCGCAGCCCAUUGCCAUUGCGCCUCUGUCCAUCGUCUUUGCCCACAUGCCCAAUUAUUAUGCCCCUGCGUGUAGUUAA